UUUGAUCGUUGCCUUGGUAACGGUUUUCACUUGAUUUUACUGUCGAAAUAAAAUAAAAAGAGAAAAUAAAUAUAAAGGAAUAAGCAAAACAAAAAAAAAAUGUUUCGACGUGGAAAAUUAUCCUUCCUAAACACCAAAGACGACCGAGUUAAGAUUAUAAACGAACGUAUAAACAUUACAGAACGGCAUCUAAUGGAGAUGUGUUCUUCGUUCGCUUUGGUAACGCGCAAAAUGGCCAAAUACCGCGACUCCUUUGAUGAGUUGGCCAAGAGUGUGAAGACUUACGCCGACGACGAGGAAAUCAACGAGAGUCUCUGUCAGGGACUGAAGAGCUUCACCAAUGCGGUCACCAUAAUGGGUGAUUACAUGGACAUCAAUGUACACCGGCUGGAACACAAGAUUGUCAACGAGUUGGCGCAGUUCGAGCAGCUCUGCAAGUCCACAAGGGACAAUCUUCGACUGGCUGUCAUAGCUCGGGAUAAGGAGGUUCUACGCCAACGCCAGAUGCUGGAGCUCAAGUCAAAGUUUUCUGCAAACAAUAGUGCCGCGGAUUCGGAGCUCUUUAAGGCCAAGAUGGAGGUGCAGCGCACAAACAAGGAGAUAGACGACAUCAUUGGGAACUUCGAGCAGCGGAAGUUGCGCGAUGUGAAGCAGAUUAUCAGCGAUUUUAUACUGAUCUCCAUGAAGCAGCACACCAAGGCUCUGGAGAUCCUCAGUGCAAGCUACUAUGAUAUUGGAACCAUUGACGAGCGCGACGACUUCCUAGAGUUUCAGAAACUGAUGAAGUCCAAGGAAGAGCCCACUUCCCGCAAAACUGCCCUCAAAAAGGGACUGCGCUCCCAGUCGAUGGACAGCUUGGAGCACGAACACCUGGUCAGUCCGCUAAAGAGGCGCCAGAAGUUAUCGAGGAGCACCAAGAAUCUAGCCGGCGCCGGAAUCAAUCAUGGGAGUAAAACCGAACCCGAAGAUGAAACCGACGAGCAGGAUGAAGAGGAUGAUGAAGAUGAGGAAACUGAGCAAAGUGGCGAAGAGGAAGAGGAAUCUGGUACGGCCACGGAUGACGAGAGGGAGCCCACGCAGCUGAGCAGCCAGGUCACUCCGCGGGAGAAUGUCUUUGGGGCAAAGAUCCGAUCUGCUAGCAAGGAUAUCGCCACGCCAUCGACCAGCGCCAGUGCCACAUCAGCUCCUUCGAAACCCAGCAGACAAGCGGUCAAGCAUCCCUUCAAGGCGGUGGCCUCCACCCAUGUAAGGCUGCAGAAGCAGUUCCACGUGCCCCAGCACUAGCACUAAAGUUAUAACCAAUAGUAGAGCUCCUAGAGGUCACAUCAGUAUUGCAGACACAUUUUGGAAUCAUAACAAGAGCUUAAAUAAAAUUAAUUUAGGAACAUA